AUCCGUACUGUUGUACCUUUUUACUCUCAGGUCACCAUGAAGCACACAGGUCUGAGUGUCUGGAUCUUCUCUGCAGUGAUCUGUGUGGGCAGAGGUCAAAUAAACCAAGACACUGCACCUGACAGCAGUGCCAACAGUUUGUCGCUAGUCAACGAGGCAAACAAAGAGUUUACCUUCCAGCUGUACAGGAAAUUGGUUGCUCAGCCUGGGUCAGAGGGCAAAAAUGUCUUCUUCUCCCCAGCAAGUGUGUCCAUGGCCCUGGCUGCUUUGGCUACAGGAGCAAAGGGACAGACCCACCAUCAGAUCUUCAGUGGUCUGGGAUACAAUGACUCUGUGCUGACACAGGCAGAUAUAGAUCAGAGCUUCCACAGCCUUCUUGUUAAAGAAAAUAAGACGUGCCAUGAAGACGUCAGUGAAGGAACUGCUGUGUUUGUUGAUGACCACUUCAAGGUGAAGCCUGAGUUCCUGGAGAACCUCAAGAAGUUUUACUUGGCAGAUGGGUUCACUGUCAACUUUACUGAAACAAAAGACAGUGCAAACAAAAUCAACAAAUAUGUGGAGGAGAAGACCAACGGGAAGAUAGACAACCUGGUUGAAGACCUGGAUCCAUUAACGGUCAUGUAUCUCCUCAGCUACAUUUACUACAAAGGAAAAUGGGAAACGCCGUUUGACCCAAAACUCACCAAAGAAGAGAUAUUCCAUGUUGAUGCCAACACUAAGGUUCCAGUUCCGAUGAUGAAUAGCGAAGGGGACUUUGACGUCUAUAUCGACAGGCAAAUUAACACGUCGGUGCUACGCCUUCCCUUCAGUAACUCCUACUCCAUGCUGCUGCUGCUGUCUGAUAAUUUGGCUGCAGUGGAGGACGUCAUUUCCGCAAGAUACGUCACCAAAUGGCUAAAAUGGAUGAAACCCAGUGAAUACGAUGUAUUUGUUCCCAAGUUCUCCAUUAAGACUCGCUAUGAGCUGAACAAUGUGUUGAAGGAAAUGGGAAUGACAGACAUGUUUGGUGACGCAGAUUUGAGUGGCAUUUCAGAGGGGAAGAAACUGGUUGUGUCCGACAUUGUGCAUCAAGCCACUCUGGAUGUGGAUGAGGGAGGAGCCACAGCAGCAGCUGCCACAGGCGUUAACAUAAUGCUUCUGUCCUUACGCAUUGUCCCAGUACUGAAAUUCAAUCAACCAUUCAUUGCCCUGAUCACUGAACAAUCCACAGGAAAAAUCCUUUUCAUGGGCAAGAUUGUCAACCCAACCAUCUGAAAGAUGAAACAUUGUGUUCAUUCAAGCACAACAUUCACAAGACAUUAAAUCCAAUCAAAUCUGUGUGUGUGUUG